AGGCCGCCCUGCGGGCACAGCUUUCCCUCCCCCAGACCCAGAUACACAGACGGACCAACAGACAACAGACGGCAGGACGCGGCCAUGGCCUGGCUCCCGGGGCCUCUCCUCUGCCGGGCCCUGCUGGGCUUCGUCUGCAUGAGUGCCCCCGGGGCAGCCGUGGAGGUGAAGGUGCCCGCCGAGCCCCUGAGCGCGCCGGUGGGCCAGACGGCCGAGCUGACCUGCAGCUACAGCACGUCGGUGGGAGACAACUUCGCCCUGGAGUGGAGCUUUGUGCAGCCUGGGAAGCCCAUCUCUGUGUCCCAUCCCAUCCUGUAUUUCACCAAUGGCCAUCUGUAUCCAACUGGUUCUAAGGCAGAGCGGGCCAGCCUACUUCAGGACCCCCCUACAGCUGGGGUGGCCACCCUGAAACUGACUGAUGUUCACCCCUCGGAUACUGGCACCUACCUCUGCCUUGUUAACAACCCGCCAGAUUUCUACACCAAUGGGUUGGGGCUCAUCAACCUUACUGUGCUGGUGCCCCCCAGUCGCCCCUCGUGCAGCCAGAGUGGUCAAACCUCUGUGGGGGGCUCUGCUGCACUGAGAUGCAGCUCUUCUGAGGGAGCCCCCAGGCCAGUGUACAACUGGGUGCACCUUGGAUCUUCUCCUACGCCUUCUCCUGGCAGCAUGGUGCAAGAUGAGGUGUCUGGCCAGCUCCUUCUCACCAAUCUCUCCCUGACCUCCUCUGGCACCUACCGCUGUGUGGCCACCAACCAGAUGGGCAGUGCAUCCUGUGAGCUGACCCUCUCUGUGACUGACCCUUCCAAAGGCCGCGUGGCUGGGGCUGUGAUUGGAGUGCUCCUGGGUGUGCUGUUCCUGUCGAUCGCUGCAUUCUGCCUCAUAAGGUUCCAGAAAGAGAGGAGGAAGAGGCCCAAGGAGACAUAUCAGGGUAGUGACCUUAGGGAGGAUGCCAUCGCUCCUGGGAUUUCUGAGCAAACUUCUCUGAGGACCGAGUCUAGCAGUGGGCUCCCAGAGAGGCGCCCCUCUGCCAGCACUGUAACGACCACCAAGUCCAAGUUCCCUAUGGCUGUCUGAUUUCUCUCUCGAUCCCUGAGGAGGGAUAUCAAGAAUUAAAGCCUGUGGGUACCAUAUUGACUCCCUCUUCUUUCUGCCGGCACAGCAAAUUCCUCUGCGCAGCCCAGAGUAUUACCAAUAAGGGAAGGAACGGCCUUGAUGUCCGAGAGCUGAUGCUGUAGGCGGGAAGUUUGGUUGGCUCCAAGUAGUAGGUCUUAACCUAGGUCUCUCUCUUCCUUUCCCCCUCCCCACCUCC